AUGUUUCUAAAAGGAAAAAAAGAAUCAAACCCAGAUAACUUUAAUCCUGGUGUCGGACUUUAUGAAAUUAUCACUAAACUGGAAAAACAAGUACCUAUCAUGCAUUCAGAUAAACAAGGCCAUCAUAAAAAACAUGAAUCAUAUCCUCAAAGUGAUUCAUAACUCUCUUUUGAUCGAAAAGUUGAUUUAAAUUAUCCUCUACAUAGUUAUGCAAGUGGAAUUUAAAGAGUCAGAUAAAAUAAAAUAUAUCAAGAACUCAAAAAGCAAGUUAAAUUUGACAAGAAACUAAAUGAAUUUUAUCAUGAAUUUGAUAGUCAAGUGCGUUCAACUAUUAAAAAGGGAAAACUUGUUAAACUAUAGAAAUUAUAACAAAGUUCAAAAUAAUCUUUAAAUGAUUCCCAAUCACUUUAUUUAGGAUAAUAAUCACCUAUCAGCAAAAAAUCUACAAGCCAACAAUAUUUGAAACAUCCACCUAAAUUGCAAUCAUUAGAAAGCUUAGAACUCUUUCUUUUGAGAGAUAAAUUAUAGAAAGUAUAAGAUGUUCCAGGUCCUGGUUCGUAUGAGUUGCCAAGUGUUUUCAAAUAAUCAGAUACCAGAGUCUAACCCUUUGGAAAACAAUAAGGAAGAACAAAAUACAUAGAUCAAGAAGCUUCAGUGGGAGUUGGAUAAUAUAAUAUACAAGAUUAAUCAAUCGUCAAAAGUGUUAUAAGGUUUGACAAAUACUCCAAAAGAAUUAGCAUUUUUGAAACCAAAUAAAACUCUCCAACAUAUUAUGACAAUAACUCAAAUCUUAUCAGCAAUCAAUCCAAGCUAAAUCUCGAAUUUCCUAUUGCCUUUGGCUCUACCUCCAAAAGAUGA